ACUGCAGGGGGGUUGGGCUAGGUGACCUCUAAAGGUCCUUCCCAACCCAAAACAUUCUAUGAUUCCUUUGAUGAAAACGAGCGUGGGCUCUUCUGUUAGAGUUGGGUUGCAACGUUGCACACAGCCCAGUGUCAGAUUCAACACUUGUGUCUGUAUCAUCCUCGGGAGAAACAGAAGGCUCUCUCUUGCGAAGGCAGCGGCCUUGGUUAUCCUUAGAGUCUGCAACAGCCACCUCUGUUUUCAUCUUCCUGCAGGCACAAUGGGGAAUAUUCUGCCUACUUCUGUAGGAUUGUCUAAUGAUGCUGCUGUGAAUCAAAUACAGGAGAUUAUUUCAGACAACUGUGUGGUGAUUUUCUCUAAAACAACAUGCUUCUACUGCAAAAUGACAAAAAAACUUUUUGAUGGUAUGAACGUCAAUUAUACAGCUGUAGAACUGGACAUGAGUACAAAUGGGAGUCAGUUCCAAGACAUUCUUGAACAGAUGACUGGUGGCAGAACAGUCCCAAGAGUGUUUGUCAAUGGGACUUUUGUUGGAGGUGCUACAGAUACUCAGAGGCUUCAUGAGGAAGGCAAACUGCUUCCCUUAGUUCAUCAAUGUCAAGCAAAAAGAAAAUCCUGAUAGCCAUCUAGCUCAGCUUAGUCUUCCUUUGUAUAAACAGAAUUUCAGACAAGUUAGAAGAUCAAAGAUACACUGCAUCAGCUGGACUCAACUUCAGGCCAUGGGUUUCUGAAUCACAGAUCAUUCUCUCACACAGACUUUAUGGACUUGGCAAGUUACUUCAUGUCCUUGCCUCAGCUUUACCACAACCAAAAUGGUGAUAAAAAAAGUCCUGUAACUCUUGGGGCUCUAAGUGUGAGAUAGUGGUGUCAUUUUAUUGCUAUUACAUCCUGAUACUAUGCUUUGAAGAAGAAUCCUGUAUUUUUUUUGCUACAAAUUAGUUUGCUUUCUAGCUUUGUUCCAAUAGUAACAAUAAUGGGUCAGUUUAAUUUAAUGAUUCCUUUAAAUUUAAUUUUCUGAAUGUCAAGUUGUAAUCAUGAAGUAAGUAUGAAGCAAACAAAGUUUUCAGUGAUAUUGCUGCAUGCAUGUCUGCCUCGUACAUUUCAGUGCCUGAUCACCUAGCUACCACAUUAUGUGUCCGGUUGCUACAGAAGAGGGAAUAAAGAUUCUUGCAGCUUUACUCUGCCCUAUGAAGUAUCAGCCUCUACAGUGUCAUUCACGAAUGGAUAUCCUUCUAGGGGAGCCAGACUGCUCACUGUCACUAAACCGUGCAGCUACAAGCUAUGUUAUGAUCAAUCCAGCAUUAUUACGAAACAUAAGACCAAGUAAAAUGGGUCUAAUAUGCAUAGAGUUUAUUUAGUACUUAAAUUCUACAGUCAGAAUGCAGUUUACUAGCGAUUUUAACUUGCAGUUAAACGCCUAAAAGAAAUGUCUAAAAUUCAAUAGUUUUGGUACAAUGUACAUCCAAAGCCAGACCAGGCAUUGCCAAGACUCGGGUAUUUCAAGAACGUUCAUAUGCAAGUAGAAAAUUAUAUUCCAUUCACCAUUACACUACUAAAGGUGCACAGUGUAGAAUAAAAACGUUAGUCAAUGCAUUUUUACUCGCUUCUUGUGAAUAAGACUCCUAUUAUUUCCAUUGCUUUCAGCACUGCAUGCACCUAAAUUACUUUUUUCCCCCCUCAAGGGAAAAAAGCAUCACAUGCUUUAUGAAAAAAGCACCACCUUUCUCUUGAACUCCAGAUAACUAGGACUGCAAGAGCAUCAUUUAAAUUCGACAGCUUCAUUUUUGUGAUGCGGGUUUGAAAUAAGUUUAAACCACAGCAUUUGUAGAAAGUCUUCAGUCUACAGUUACCUGCACUGUGCAUCUUUAACGUGUAAUGAGCUAAUUAAACACACCAACCUUGUUAUGUUUUUAGUAUUGCGGUUUACUGUAUUUUGCUAGUUUCAUCACUGCCUUAUUAAAAUUUCGUUUACGAGGACAUGCUUAUCAAAGUAAACACACACAAAUGUGCAUCUCUCCCUAAAUUUAUACUUAAUAAAGCAAUUUUUUUUGCACAUACAGUGGUAACCAAGUAUUCAUCUCUGUAGAAUUCUUAGGCCGGUUAAGUUUUCUCAGAAGAUUAACAAUAAUUUUGCCCCUGAAAGCUGGUGAAUCCAUCGUGUAAAAAUAAUAGUAUGCAAAGGAAUUUUUCAGACCUUUUAAUUUUGUUCCCUGUUUUUUUUUUUAAAAAAAGUCCCAAAAUAGUAGUCUAAAAUAACCCUUUGAGUUCUAAGUUUCAGAAAACCCAGGGCACUGUCACUUAAGGCAACAUUCUAUUCCAACUGUUGAGGAAACAUGCUGUAUGCCUGCAGAUCCAAGUGAGUGCCCGUUUAUUAAAGAAGAUAACAUCUUAAGGCACUCAAAGGGUUAAUUGCGUUUCUUUUUAACCAUAUUAAGGCUCCCCAUCCAAACAGUUUCUCAUUAAUUUUGUAUCAUUUCGUAGAAAGUAGCAGCAAGACAGUGCCUUCGUUAUUGGAUGGCACAAAGCCAUAUUAUGUUUAAGUUAUUUAAACAUGAUAUGGCAGUUAAAGUGUGGUUCUACUCUAGG